GUCAGUGAUCACGUGUUUCCUACUACGAUUUGCUGAAGUUUGACAAAAGUUUGACAAGCCCGAGGAGCGUCGACACAGAAGAUCCGGGGAUCAAAAGAGUCUGACGGACACACGUUCCUCCAAACUUACGGCCUGUGUUUCCGGAGCAACAAUGGAAGCUGUCGCCCAGAAAGUGCUGACUUCCGGAUUCUCUCUCGAUUUGGGGCCCCUGAAGGAGCCGCUGGCGUUUAUCCGUUUGUUACAGUGGGUGUUCUCCAUAUUUGCCUUCGCUACGACUGUAGGUUACAGUGGCACAACCAGCAUCAACGUCGCGUGCAAAGGGAGUGCGAGUAUUGAAGAACAAGCGCACUUUUACUACCCGUUCAGGUUGAUGCAGCAACCCUAUGAUGUUCCGGACUGUAUAGUCAAUACGACCACCACCACUCCUCACUACCUGACAGGAGACCACUCAUCCUCCGCAGAGUUUUUCGUCGCUAUUGGAGUAUUGGCCUUUCUUUACUGCACUGCCACCCUAGUCAUGUACUUGGGCUACCAGCACGUGUAUAGAGAAUCUAGUCGUGGUCCCCUCGUGGACCUGUUGGUGACUGCGGCCUUUGCUUUCCUGUGGUUGGCCUCAUCGUCUGCUUGGGCUAAAGGCUUGACCGAUGUCAAGAAUGCCACCAGCCCUUCAACCAUUGUAGCUCUUCUCAAAGUCUGCACUAAUGCCACCUGCACCCCGGGCAUGAUCCCUCACAUGGGCCGACUCAACGCUUCAGUGAUUUUUGGUUUUCUUAACCUCAUCCUGUGGAGCGGCAACUGCUGGUUCAUUUACAAGGAGACUCCGUUCCACAAAUCGGCCGACCCGCCUGCAGACGUGGAGGGGGCUGGUAGGCCAACGUAACUGCACAGCGUCCAAAUCUCAAAACUGUCUACCAAGUAGUUUUAUUCAAUGUGUCAUUUCGGUACUAAUUGCUAGGAUAAUACUGUAGAACGUAAGAUACACAUUUCUAAAACCAACCGCUUCUUUUUUUUUUGCAUGUUAUUCAUUUAUAUUUACGGCGGUGUAAUGUUAUUUCAAGGGAUAGUAGAAUUUGACUUAUUGGACUGAAAGCUACACAGGAAGUUGUGCCAGUGGAAAAAAUUGUUAUUCUCAUAAAUACACGCAUAUAUAUAUAUCACUUUGUCAUUAUCUAAACUUUCAACAGGGUUUCUCUACCAUAUUUUUGUUUCCAAACACCAAAAAAGUCAGGGUUUUGAGUGUCAGAAUAACAAAAUACCAAAUAAAUAUAAAAUAGUUGAGGUGCAUUUUUUGUUGACACAGUAUAGCCUGGAGACAAUCUUGGAGACACACUUUCUGUUUAAUCCCCAAACUUAAAAUAGCCAUCAAAGAAUCGUCGAAGCAAUGAUUAAACUUUAAAAACCUUUUUUUUUUUAUGAUUAAUUUGCCAUUUUGAGAUUAUUUAUAAUGUGUCCACACAGUUUUAUUUCAACACUUUUGUGGCCUAGUCAUUUUACUGUUGUGAAAUUAGACAAACAGCUGAAUGUCAUGUUUGUGGUGCAUAUAACUGUUAAGAGCAUGAUUGCUUUCUUUCUUUCGUUUGUUUAUUUACAUUUAAAGUUACAUUUACAUUUAAAGUUACAUUUAAAGUUUUUCUGACAGGAUUUGAUUUAUUUUUUUUGAUCAUGUUUAAAUCAAAAAAAAAACUGAGGUUCCCGAAAGUCUUACAGAAUUUGAAUACAACUGUUCUUCACCCUUAACUAGCUGGUUACUGUUAGCAGAGUUUAUAAAAAAAUUGAGUGAUUUCUAACUAACUGCUUACUUUGUUUCUAUCUUGCUUUAGCCUGGCUUCUACCUCCACAUUGUUAUAGGCAAGGCAAGCUGUUUUCCCUGAUAAAGCCUCGUUUGUUUAACAGUUCAAGUGUGCGCCUUCACUGUGUUGAUAAAAAUGUCACAUUGAAGAGACGGGAGUUCUUAACACAUCCAUGAUUGGACACGUGGACAUUUAAUGCAGUGUAUCAUUAAAAAUUAAGAACUGUA